AUCGUCCAUAGUGUUACUAGUCUCGUUUGAAAAUUAAACUCAAAAGCAUCAUUGUAGCGGUAUUUCUCAUUCCCAGUACAGUAGCUGUAAUUCAUGCAAGCUCUUUUUCUGUGUUAUUCACACCCUCAUUCUAGGUGGCGCCUCCACGAUCACUAAUCCUGCAUGUGCUUCUCUGCGCCCCUCUUGCACGGGUGGCGCUCUUGCAUUGUUUUGAAGGCGGCUCUGCUCCUGCGCAGCCCCUUUGACAAUCUGCAGGGUCUGCGCAGACUCUGAGUCCAGAGAUGCGUCUCCUCUGUUGUCAGAUCCGGCUGCGGUCACGCAGGUUGCCGAGCUUGGACAGGGUGUGCGCGCAGACCAGUGUCGUUAAACGUGGGACCUGCGCAGACUCUCAAAAGGCUGCGCGCCAUGAACGCGCCCAGCGGCUUUGGAAUUGAGCAUGCGCAUUAGAAAGCAGAGCCGGUGGAAACUGGCGCCAUUUCGGAUCGGCGCGGUGUCAGCAUUGCAUAGAACACAGCGCGCAAAGAGCCAACAUGGAGAACUCUGCCAUCCAGCUUCAUAACCGCGUCGAGCCGCCCUCGCUUCCACAGGGAGGCCAGCCAAGGAUACGCGCCGAAUCAUCCAGGCACGCCUUCUGCUGGGACGCUUUCAUUACAGCUCCGGACAGAGAGAGGGCUGCUUUGUGUACCUGGAGAGAGGUGGCUGCAGGCGCUGCUGAUUUGCCGAGACCAGUCUGCCACUAAAACCAGUGAAGAUGGACGUCAGUGUCUCCGUGUCGUUCUUUCAAGAGCAGCUCGCCUCUCCCGUCGAGCGCGCAGUGAAAGCGGCUGUAGACUCCGUCCUGCGGGAAAUUACUGAAGUUGUCGGCAGCAGAUUCACUGAGUUCCGAGUGGAAAUGACUGCAAUGAAGAGAGAGAAUGAAAGUCUGAAGCUGAGACUGGAAAUAUCAGAGAGCGAGCUGAGAGCCGUGCGAGGGUGUAUAAACGCUGCAGAUACAGACAUUAAACAGCCUUUCAUAUUUCAGGAUCCCAGAGAGAGCCGUGCUAUCCCUGAAUCUGAAGCACAGGUGGAGCCAAAGAUAGAAGCAGUUUCCACACAAGAGGAGUCCUUUGAGCAGGAGUGCUGUGCAAGUCUAAUGCAGGGUACAGAGCUGCCGUUUGUUAAAGAUGAAGAGGUCCCUCAACAAGAAUGUGUUCCUAUCAAAGAGGAGUUCAUAGAGCAGGAAUGUGUCUCCAUCGCAGAGGAACUUCCUGCUGAAUAUAAUGCCUGUACACUUGAGGAGAACAACAAGCUGGGAUCCAGCCUGUGUGUUGAUUCUCCAUCUGAAUGUGAACUGGGAUUUAGAGCUUCUAAAGUAGAUGAAGGAGAACACGACUGCACUCCAUCAUCCCAGUGCGAAAACUCUUCUAGUAGGAAACCACAGCGCAAGAAGCACAGAGAAGCGACACCCCAAGAAGAGUAUGUGAAGACAUUGAGAACUCACUCAGUUAAAAUCCCUUCUUUACAAGACAGACCCCCUCUUACUGUGGAGAGUACAGAGAUGCCACAUUCUGCAUGUUUUAACAGUUCUGAAACCCAGGGCAACUUGAAGACUUUGCCUCAUUCUAUUAAAGGUGGGAAGAGUUCCUGUCAAUUAGACGUUCCUGAAACUCACAAGGGAAAUCACACAGGAAGGGCUACAUUUUCAUGUGGUGAUUGUGGGAAGAGUUUCAAUCUUUUAUCACUACUUAAAAGACACCAGCACAUUCACACAGGAGAGAAACCUUCCCACAUACAGUCCAGUGAUAAGAGUUCCACACAGUUAGGAAAUCUUCAUUCACACCAGCGCAUUCACUGCACUGAGUGUAGGAAAACAUUCAGUCGCACAGGAAACCUUAAAAAACACAAGGUGGUUCACACAGGAGAGAAACCUCAUCACUGUGCUGCUUGUGGGAAGAGAUUCAGCCAGUUUGGAAACCUUAAAAUCCACCAGCGCAUUCACACAGGAGAGAAACCUCAUCACUGUGCUGUUUGUGGGAAGAGAUUCAGCCAGUUUGGAGACCUUAAAAGACACCAUAAAAUUCAUACAGGAGAGAAACCUCAUCACUGUGCUGUUUGUGGGAAGAGAUUUAACCUGUUUGGAAACCUUAAAAUCCACCAGCGCAUUCACACAGGAGAGAAACCUCAUCACUGUGCUGUUUGUGGGAAGAGAUUCAGCCAGUUUGGAGACCUUAAAAGACACCAUAAAAUUCAUACAGGAGAGAAACCUCAUCACUGUGCUGUUUGUGGGAAGAGAUUUAACCUGUUUGGAAACCUUAAAAUCCACCAGCGCAUUCACACAGGAGAGAAACCUUAUCACUGUAGUGAGUGUAGGAAGAGAUUCAGUCACAUAGGAAGCCUAAAAAACCACAAAGCCAUUCACACAGGAGAGAAACCUCAUCACUGUGGUGCUUGUGGGAAGAGAUUCAACCAGUCUGAUGACCUUAAAAGACACCAUAAAAUUCACACAGGUGUGUAAUCCUCUCCCUUCUCUUAAUGUGUGAAGAAGUUAAGUCAGUUGCAGGCUCUUACAGGACUUGAGAACUUUCUCAGAAUUGCGGACACUUGAACAACAGGAGGAUAUUUUACUAAAUACAGAAAUAUUUACUGAAAACAAAAAAUAAACCUGCUUGAUAAACAGAGUCAUAAAUAGCUAUGAGGACACCGGGGUCGAGUCCUCGCUUGUUUUUUUUGCAUCAUAAGUGACCGGGUAUUACACAAUGCAAACAGGGGCUAGGCUGGGGCUGCAUCAGUUUCCUAACAGCAGUAAAAUAGUUUGUAUAAAAAUAAAGCCGUGUUGUAAGUGUGAUUUUACUAGAGCUUCCUUUAUGAAGUGUUUUGUACGUUCUCAAAUGUAGAGGAACCCCUCUUCAGUUUUACUCUGAAACUGGUAGAAUGAUCGUUUAAAAAUACACCAGUUUAAAUCUAGCUCUCAGAUUUGUUUCUAAUGUGUAUAGAAAUGAAACUGCCGAGGAUGAGAAUUGGACAAUGAAAUGAGGAGGGAUCAGAUGUGAAGUAAAAACCUGAAGUAACAUUGUUUGAACUGUUUGGAGAAAAAAAAAACACAAGAGAAAACAGAAGGAAUAUGAGAGAGAGAGAGAGAAAUUGAAUUCACUGUGCCCGCUGGAAACCUUGAGUGGUAUGGGGGUUGUGAAUGUGUUUCCCUUUCAAUUCGAAGAUGACCACCAAACAUCAUUUGGGAUACACUCCUGCCUAUUGGUAAGUGUCACUGAGCACACAGGGGGAGGAAUACCCUCUUUCUCUUCUCACACUGGUAAGGUAAGACCUCUGUGUUGCAUUGAGCCCUGUCUUCUUAUUAAAGUGCCGCGUAAGCUACUGCUA